AUUAGGCACAACAUCGUCAUGUACACGGGAAUGUUUACAGCGUUGGUUCUGGCGGGCGUCCUUGCGCUCGCUUCCACAGAUAGCUAUCACCCUGACGAGCCAGGGUCAGUGCGAGGUACAGUACGAGGUACAGUACAAAGAGACGAGCUCUCUGCAUCCUUUUGGCAGGGGCAGGCGCAGGCGACCGUGAAGCGUCGCGCUGGAAGCGAGACGGGUCCCGCUGCGCGUAAUGUCAUCUUAUUCUUGGGCGACGGCAUGUCCGUGCCUACUCUCGCUGCCGCACGGACGCUGCUGGGGCAACGUCGCGGAUACACCGGAGAGGAAGCAGAGCUCUCCUUCGAAACCUUCCCGACGUCUGGUUUGAGCAAGACGUACUGUGUUAACGCUCAAGUCGCAGACUCUGCGUGCUCGGCGACGGCAUACUUAUGCGGUGUAAAAGCAAACCAAGGUACCCUUGGCGUGUCGGCUUCUGUACCGCGUUCGAAUUGCAGUGCGUCAUUAGACCCUGCUGCACGACUACAGUCUAUCGCAGCGUGGGCGUUGGCGGAUGGGCGCGAUGCUGGCCUCGUUACCACCACUCGGGUGACGCAUGCGUCGCCAGCCGCUACAUACGCACGGGCCGCCAACCGCAACUGGGAAAACGAUGCCAGUGUGCGUGCUGACGGGGCCGACCCGCAGCAAUGUCCCGAUAUUGCAACGCAAUUAAUCACUGAAGACCCUGGUCGCCAAUUUAAGGUGAUACUAGGAGGAGGACGACGCGAAUUUUUACCAAGCCAUGUUGUAGAUGAAGAGGGAUCGAGUGGAACUAGGACUGAUGGACGCAACUUAAUAGAAGAAUGGCGGUCAGACAAGAUUGAACGUAAUGUUACACAUAGCUACGUUUGGAAUCGAGAGCAACUGCUACGCGCCAAUGCAACAAUGCCAGAAUAUCUGAUGGGUUUAUUCGAGAGCAGCCACCUACGGUACAACAUGCUCACCAAUCCCACGACCGAGCCUUCUCUGGCUGAACUGACCGAAGUUGCUAUACGAAUGCUACAGAGAAACAAUAAGGGUUUCUUUCUAUUCGUCGAAGGUGGACGCAUAGACCACGCUCAUCACAGCAACUACGCGGAACUGGCACUGGAUGAGACGAUCGAACUCAGUGCGGCCGUGUCGCGUGCGGCUGAGUUGCUGGAUGAGACAGACUCGUUGCUCGUGGUAACGGCGGACCACGCUCACGUCAUGUCCUUCAAUGGUUACGCAGCACGUGGAAGCAACGUCCUGGGCACGGCGAGAGGCACUGACCGAGACGGCGUACCGUACAUGACACUGUCCUAUACCAAUGGCCCUGGAUUUCGAGCUCACGUUGAAGGAAAACGUGUAGACGUUACAAAGGAGGAAAAAUACGAAUCCAAGGAGUGGAGGUCUCACGUGGACGUUCCGUUGUCGUCGGAAACGCAUGGCGGCGAUGACGUUGCAGUGUUCGCGCGGGGACCGCAGCACGCUUUGUUCUCGGGGCUUUACGAACAGAAUGCUAUUCCGCACCUCAUGGCCUACGCGGCCUGCAUCGGUCCAGGCGAACAUGUCUGCAAUAAUGCUCAUAUUGUAAUACCUCUAAGUUCUCUACUAUCUUCUCUGAUAUUGAUAAUAUUCUGUAGAUAGAUUAUAAUUUAAAAAAUUAACGCUCGAUUGGUAAAAAGAAAACUAUCCUCGCGACAAGUCGUCAUUCUAAUGUAAUCAAAUAUGUUUUUAAUUUAACAGAAAACUCAUAAACGUUUUCCAAAAUUAAGUAAUAAUACAUUGAUAACAAUAGUUUUGCAGUGUCAUAAUAUAAACGAUAACAAGAGCGAGUUACGAGUCUCACCUAGAUUUUUAAUAAAUUGUUACAAUUUUACUGAUGAAAUGAUAGAUUAAAUAUAACAAAUAAAGAUGAUAAUUAUUAUUGAUUAUUCAUAAAACGUAUUUUUUACUUGUUAUUCGUCAUACUUACGCUGAUUUAUGUUAAGAAUUUUAGACAAUUAAAGAGAAAAAUACUUUUACCACUAAUUAUGAAAAAUAAAUGAUAUGCUUAUGAAUGCCGCCAACCCCAGAAAAUUAAAA